GCCAUUUCUUCCCAGAGACUUCAUUCGACCAAGGGGCGUACGGCAUGACGGGGAAGAUCCUUCCGUAUGAGGAGUAUGCUGCAGGCAGUCUGCCACCGAGGAAGAGCCAGGCCCAGCGACCUGCCGUGGUCACUGAGGUUCUCCGUCGAGGCCGCAGCAAGCGCGUGGACAGACUGCUAGAUCUUUUAGAGCAUGGCGCCUUUGCCGCCCUCAGAGAUGGCUACCUACGUUCCGUGCAGAUCUUGGUCCAUCCAGCUCCAGAUCGGCGUGAACAAGUCCUCGAAGCGUACACUUUCAACAUUGAGUACGUUCGAGGUUUAGACAACACUAAGAUAGUCGCUGGACUAGGGAUGGACGGUCCUGAAAGUGCGCUCAUUAGCGUGCAGUCGUCGAUACACGCGCUGCAACAGCAUUUACUGAACCUGAUGGAGAUGUGCAAGAGGCUUCCACUGUUACCAGCUACUCGAUGCAUCGACAUGCAGCUAGUGUGCACGCCAGAUUGCGACAAGGAGUACAACCUACCGGGGUUUGACUUAGCUGCUACCACUUCAUUGCAGUUUGCUGAAGCGCAUGGAUGGGCGAGCCAAUGCAACAAGCUGCCAGAGGUGGACUCGAUGUAUCAUCAUUCGGCUUUGCAAGUCUCAUGCCUGCUUCCAACUACAAACAGCACGUCGGUCUUUCCGGAGCAAGUUUCUUUCUCCGGUAGAUGUCCCGUUGUCGAAGUAUUGAGCGCUACCACAACAACCGCAGACUCAGCGGAGGGCUCUGAAGAAGCGCCAAGUAGAAUAUCCACCGCUGAGACAGCAAGCCCAUCUACAAUCGUAGAUCCGGCAGCGCAAUGGCAGCAGCUUGACGAGGAUGCCACUAUCGACCCAAGAGAGGCGCUCGGUACCCCGUUGCCAGCUGCGAAACGCACCACCAUGCCUACUGUCAGCGCUGACGUGCAAGCUGCAGAGUCUACGGCAACCGCAGUGAGGACCGCAACCCGAGCAUCCUCCGGGAUCGACCAGUCAGUGGACUUCACUGAGACGCAGUCGAGCAACAUUCUAGGCAUGAAGAAUGCCUUUAAUGACAUGAUGCAAACGGAGAAUAUGACGCAAGGAGACACGCAAACUCAGCCUCCGCUCUUACCUGAAUCGCAGCCUUUCCAAAGACGCUCUCACUCGGUUGAAAGGCGUGCGGUCACCUCAACAGGGAGAGGGGAUCAUAUUGAUACACAGAGCUCAGGCAAGCUAACACUGUCGCAAGCAAAGGCCCGCACGCUGCAAGCCGACAAGCACAAGCUUUGCAAGACUGCCGCCGCCUCUGCCAAGCAGGCAGGACGCAGAUCCAAGAUAGGCGAUGUGAUACUUUGCCAAUGCGGACAAACAAACGAGGAUGGCGAUAUGGUGCAAUGCGCCUUUUGCGACACAUGGCAGCAUUUGCCUUGCUAUGGAUUCACUGGCAGCGCUGACCAGCGCUUACCGCAAGAUCAUGUGUGCUACCGUUGCCUGCUGGGCGAGCAGGAGAUGCCCAGGCUGAACAAACUAGAAGACUUGGCAGCGAAGCGGCGGGUGAUGGACCAUGCUCUACAUUAUGGGCUCAGUACACAGCAGAGCAUCACCAUGGAGCUCGAACUAGGUUUCAACAAGACGGUUGUCAAGCAAGUGUUUGAUUUCUUGAAGAGUUCUGGCUUCAUUGUUGCAGCGCCAGGCUCACGCAAGACUAGCUCCAGAGUUCCGGGCAAAGCACAAUGGCUCGCCGUGACCGAUGGCCCAAAGCACCAACUCAUGCUCGACACGCUCUUCAAUCCGCUGCUGCACAUCGACCAUCAUGUAAGCCGGUACUGGCACUUGUACCACAUGAAUCUAGACUGACGGUGUGAUAGUACCAGCAACUCGCAAGCUUUAGACCGGAGCCGUCCGCAGUUACGCAACGUCCGCUAGCCUCUGAGGCGGAAGAGAUGCCGCCACCAGCCACGCCGGCUUCGGCAUUGAAGAAGGGUAAGGCGACGACACCAACAUCAGGUCUUGAUCUGCGAUACU